AUGAAGGAGGAGAACAACAAGCGCAAGGCCUCCGAGGACCCCUCCUCGCCAGCGGCCUCGAAGCGCAUCAAGCACGAUGAAUCCGCCGAACCUGAACCCGAGCCCAAAGUGGCCAUGAAGCCUAUUCCAUUUCCCGAAAAGCCCGCCGUCAUCGAAGAGCGCAACAACGAGAUAGAGUUUCGUGUUGUCAACAACGAUAACGAGCGCGAGUCCCUCAUCAUCCUCACUGGUCUCAAAUGCAUCUUCCAGAAACAGCUCCCGAAGAUGCCCAAGGAUUACAUUGCCCGCCUCGUCUACGACCGCACGCACCUGUCGAUCGCCAUUGUGAAGAAGCCCCUCGAAGUCGUGGGAGGUAUUACCUACCGCCCCUUCAAGGGCCGACAGUUUGCCGAGAUUGUCUUCUGCGCCAUAUCUAGCGACCAGCAGGUCAAGGGCUACGGCGCCCAUCUCAUGUCGCACCUCAAGGACUACGUCAAGGCGACGAGCGACGUCAUGCACUUCCUCACCUAUGCCGACAACUACGCCAUUGGCUACUUCAAGAAGCAGGGGUUCACCAAGGAGAUCACGCUGCCGCGGUCCGUGUGGAUGGGCUACAUCAAGGACUACGAAGGCGGCACGAUCAUGCAGUGCUCGAUGCUGCCGCGCAUCCGCUACCUCGAGAUGGGCCGCAUGCUGCUCAAGCAGAAGGAGUGCGUGCAGGCCAAGAUCCGGGCCUUUUCCAAGUCGCACAUUGUGCACGCGCCGCCCAAGGAGUGGAAGAACGGCGUCAAGCCCAUCGACGCCCUGACGGCGGUGCCCGCCAUCCGCGCCUCGGGCUGGUCGCCGGCCAUGGACGAGCUCGCGCGCCAGCCCCGCCACGGGCCCAACUACAACCAGCUCCUCCACCUGCUCAACGACAUGCAGAACCACGCCUCGGCCUGGCCGUUCCUCAUCCCCGUCAACAAGGACGACGUCGCCGACUACUACGACGUCAUCAAGGAGCCCAUGGACCUCAGCACCAUGGAGGUCAAGCUCGAGGCCGACCAGUACGCCACGCCCGAGGACUUUACCCGCGACGCCAAGCUCGUCUUUGACAACUGCCGCAAGUACAACAACGAGACGACCCCGUACGCCAAGUCGGCCAACAAGCUCGAAAAGUUCAUGUGGGCCCAGAUCAAGGCCAUCCCCGAGUGGUCGCACCUCGAGCCGUAG